AUGCAAGCUGGCACACUGACGCACGAGUGCGGCGAGUGUGGCAAGUCCUUCUCGAGCAAGUUCAGCCUGACGCGUCACGCCGUCACGCACUCGGGGGAGCAGCCGCACGUGUGCCCCGUGUGCGGCAAGGGCUUCUCCUACCGCCAGAGCCUGGCGGCGCACGGGCGCACCCACACCGGCGAGCGUCCGCACGCCUGCCCGGCCUGCGGCAAGCGCUUCGCCGAGCGCUCGGGCCUGGAGGUCCACUCGCGGACGCACACGGGCGAGCGUCCGCACGCCUGCCCCGAGUGCGGCAGGGCCUUCUCCCACCACAGCAACCUCAAGAAGCACCGGCGGUCGCACUCAGGGGAGCGCCCCUUCUCCUGCGAGCUGUGCGGCAAGCGCUUCGCCAAGAGCUCCGUGCUGCGGAUGCACUACCGCACGCACUCGGGCGAGAGGCCUCAUGUCUGCGCCGAGUGCGGCCGGGGAUUCACGCAGAGCUACGACCUGGUGGAGCACCGGCGCACGCACACGGGCGAGCGUCCGCACGCUUGCGACGAGUGCGGAAAGCGCUUCUCCCGCAGCGAGUACCUCAAGGUGCACGGGCGCACGCACACGGGAGAGAAGCCGUACGCCUGCGACGACUGCGGCAAGCGCUUCACCCGGCGGGAGUACCUCAAGGUGCACGCCAGGAAGCACGCGGGCGAGGGGGCGCUGGGAGCGGCGCCGGCGCUGGGAGCGGCGCUGGGAGCGGCGCUGGGAGCCGGCCGCGAGUAA